AUUUUAUUCAUAUUUUUUCUGACUUAAUCAUCCAUUAGAUAAUUUAGAUCUGGUUCAUAAUUAUACUUUUUCUCUCAUUUCUCUUUCUCACUCGUUCGUUUACGAUCCGCGUCAAUUGUUCUACUUAAUCAUUAUUAGCGGGAUAUCUGAGAAAUCAAAUGGCCGUUGCGCCCGCUAGAGCUCGAGCAGAUUACGAUUUUCUCAUCAAGCUUCUCUUGAUCGGCGACAGUGGUGUGGGUAAGAGUUGCCUUCUUUUGCGUUUCUCAGAUGGUUCUUUUACCACCAGUUUUAUUACCACUAUUGGCAUUGAUUUCAAGAUAAGGACCAUAGAGCUUGAUGGAAAACGGAUCAAACUUCAAAUCUGGGAUACUGCUGGUCAGGAGCGGUUCCGAACAAUUACCACAGCUUACUAUCGUGGAGCCAUGGGCAUUUUGCUGGUCUAUGACGUGACUGACGAGUCAUCUUUUAACAACAUCAGGAACUGGAUUCGAAACAUUGAGCAGCAUGCUUCAGAUAACGUCAAUAAAGUACUUGUCGGAAACAAGGCUGACAUGGACGAAAGCAAAAGGGCUGUUCCUACUUCCAAGGGUCAAGCAUUAGCUGAUGAAUAUGGAAUCAAAUUCUUCGAGACAAGUGCGAAGACCAAUAUGAAUGUUGAGGAAGUUUUCUUUUCAAUAGCUAGGGAUAUAAAGCAAAGACUUGCUGAUCAGUCUGACUCAAAAGCUGAGUCUCAGACGAUUAGGAUUAAUCAAGCAGAUCAGGCGGACGGGGUGGCUACUGCUACUCAAAAAUCAGCUUGCUGUGGUUCAUAACUCUUAAGCAACUGGCUAGCAUGGAAGAUAGGAUGGUAGGUGGGGGGUACAUCCUCAGGGUGGAGGGAACUAAUCUUGUUUGACAUUUUUUUUUUUUUUAAAAAGAGAAAAAUUUAUUGUAUUGUUGAUUUAGCACCAAAUUGUUUUGGAUAUCAAACAUUAUCAUUAUGUGGCAGAUGUUAACUUUUGGGGAGGUA